GUGGCCCGGGAAGGUUUAAAAGCUGUUGCAGGCAGCUGGGAGGCAGAAAAGCUGCUGCAGGCAGGAGCGGGCAAAGGGGAGGCUGCAAGGCAGGAGCAGGCAGAGGGAGCCACCACACCUGGCAGGAUGGAUGUGGGGCAGGUGACAUCCACCAACGGGCUGAGUACAGUGGCUGCCAACAGGCUGGAUGGCUGGAUUGCGGAGACCCUGCAGCCCAGCACAGAUUUCUGCAAGCAGGUGAAGCAGACGGUGAAGCAAAUCUGCGACUUCCUGAAGGAGGACUGCUUUGAGACCAACAUCCAUGUCCACAAGACCGUCAAGGGCGGCUCAGCAGGCAAGGGCACAGCCCUGAGGAACAACUCCGAUGCCGAUGUGGUGCUCUUCCUCAGCUACUUCUCCAGCUACGAGGAGCAGAAGCAGAAGAGAAGUUAUAUCCUGGAUUUGAUCGAGAGGAGGCUGCACGCCUGCAGGCAGAGGCUGACAUUUACCGUGGACAUCAGCGAGCCCCGGUACAAGGGUCCCGGCAAUACACCGCGCUCCCUCAGCCUCACCCUCUGCUCCAAGGAGACCUUGGAGUCCAUUGAGGUGGACAUUCUGCCUGCCUACGAUGCCUUGGGGCCGGUGAGCCGGGAUGCCCCCCCGGACGCCAGGGUGUUCGUGGAGCUCCUGAAUGCCCACAGUGACCCCGGGGAGUUCUCCCCCUGCUUCACUGAGCUGCAGAAGAUGUUUGUGAAGCGUUACCCUGCCAAGCUGAAGAACCUCCUGCGCCUGGUCAAGUACUGGUACAAGCAGAUGCUGAAGCCACAGUACCCCUCCGCAGACCUGCCCCCCAAGUAUGCCCUAGAGCUGCUGACCAUCUAUGCUUGGGAGGAGGGCACAGGCUCCUGCGAGUCCUUUGUCAUGGCCGAGGGCUUCCGUACAGUGCUGGAGCUGCUGUGCCAGCACCGGGAGAUCUGCAUCUACUGGGAGACAUACUACUCACUCCAGCACAGCCAGAUCGGUGCCCACGUGAAGGAGCUGCUGCGCAGUCCCCGCCCCAUCAUCCUGGACCCCGCCGACCCCACAGGGAUCCUGGGCCAAGGCAAAAAUUGGGACCUAGUGGCACAGGAAGCUGCCCGCCACCGUUCACUGCCCUGCGUCAAUACUGCGCGGCCCUGGGAUGUGCAGACAGCCCGGACCGUGAAGAUUGAGGUGAAGCAGCUGAUGGGUACCAGCUUGAGCAUGACUGUCAGCCCAGGCACCACUGUCUGGCAGCUGAAGGAGAAGAUUGAGCAGGCGUGGGGCAUUCCCUGGUACAGGCAGCGCCUGGCACAGCAGGAGCCAAGCAGUGUCGUCCUGCAGGAUGACAAGACCCUGGCCACCUAUGGCAUCUUCUACAGUACCACGCUGCUGCUGCUGCAGACCGAGUCCCAGGCAAUGGAGGUCUUUGUGAAGGACGACAAGAACCGGACCACCACCUACACUGUGCAGCCCACUGACACUGUCCAGGAGCUGAAAGAGCAGAUCCACAGGCGGCAGGGGCCUCUGGCCAACCAGCAGCGCCUGACAUACGGCUCCAGGGAGCUGGAGGACCAGCACACCCUGGCGCACUACAAUAUCCAGCCCAGGAGCACCAUCUUCAUGCUCCUACGGCUCCGGGGGGGUGCAGUCCCCCAGCACCCCCAGUUCCCUGCCUGCUCGCUCUCCUGAGCAUCGUCCCCACCACCAGCCCACACGCCUGUACCCUGUCGUCACGCUGGCAAU